ACCUUAUUUUGAUGAUGAUGAUUAUGAGUUCCAUAAAUAUUACCUUAAUCUCCUCUCUUCAGUUUGAGUUUUCUCGCUUCGAUGCCGGGUUAACCGACAUAGCCUACCAAGGAGUCGCGACUCCAAAUGGCCAAGGUGCCAUUCAAAUGUCUUUUUGGGAGACACUAUUUCGAGUGGGAUGGGCAUCCUAUGCCAAAAAGGUCCCAAUUUGGGAUCCAGAAACAGGUCAAGUAACCGAUUUCACUACACAUUUCUCUUUUAUCAUCGACGCGAGAGAUGGCCCUUAUCGCGGCCCUUAUGGAGACGGAAUUGCAUUCUUUAUCGCCCCAUUCGGUUCCCUCCUUCCUCUCAAUUCAGGAGGAGAAUACUUUGGCCUUCUUAACACCACCACCGUUAUUGAUACUUCGAGAAACCAAUUUAUUGCAGUUGAAUUCGAUAUGUUCCAAAACCCUAGAUUUGAUCCUCAAUACGAUCAUGUGGGUAUUGAUGUGAACACGCUGAGAUCGGUUGUGACAUCCCCAUGGAAUGCGAGUAUUUAUAGUAAAAAUGUGAUCGAUGUUUGGAUAGCUUACAAUUCUUCGACCACCGAUUUAACUGUUAAUUGGGCUAACAAGACCGAAACCAAUUCAACUCUCACUCUCAAGGUAGAUUUGAAGAACGUUUUGCCACAAUGGGUAAUGCUUGGAUUUACAUGUGCCACGGGUUUACUUACAUCGGAUGCUGUGAUUCAAUCAUGGGAGUUCAGUUCAAGCUUGGAUAUCAAGGAACAAAGUGGAACAACAACAAGAAGUGAUAUCAAUUUGAUCUUAGGUCUAUCUUUAUCGAUAGGUUCUAUAAUCGUUGCCAUACUACUUGCAAUUACACUCAAAGCGAUAUGCAAGUCUAAAGAUGUCGACAACAACGAGUUCAUCACGUCCAUGAAUGUUGAUCUCGAAAGAGGGUUAGGACCACACCCAUUCUCCUACGAGGAUCUUGCGUUGGCUACGAACAACUUCUCGGAAGCACGCAAGCUCGGUGAAGGAGGUUUCGGGAGUGUUUACAAGGGCUACUUGAUUUCCUUGGACUUGCUAAUAGCCGUGAAAAAAGUUUCAAAAAGUUCUAAGCAAGGGAAGAAAGAGUAUGUAACCGAGGUAAAGAUCAUUAGCCAACUAAGGCAUCGAAAUUUGGUACAACUCAUUGGUUGGUGCCACGAUCAUGGCGGUGAAUUCUUGCUCGUAUACGAGUUCAUGCCAAACGGAAGCCUCGAUGUGCACCUUUUCGGUAAGAAACCUGUGCUCAAUUGGAUCACGAGGCAUAAGAUAGCUCUUGGUCUUGCAUCUGCCCUACUCUACCUUCACGAAGAGUGGGAGCAAUGUGUGAUACAUAGGGACAUAAAAUCAAGCAAUAUAAUGUUAGAUUCGAGCUUCAACGUCAAACUUGGAGACUUUGGAUUGGCUAGGCUUGCAGACCAUGAACACGGUCCAGAUACAACUGGGCUAGCCGGAACACUAGGUUACAUGGCACCUGAAUACCUAAGGACGGGCAGGGCGAGUAAAGAAUCUGAUGUUUAUAGUUUCGGAGUGGUAAUCUUAGAGAUUGUCACGGGAAUGCGGUGUAGGGAUUCCAAGCUUGCCGACGAAUUCCCAAUGGGGUUUGUUGAAUGGGUGUGGGACUUGCAUGGAAAAGGAAAAGUUGUCGAUGCCAUAGAUAAAAGAAUGAAUCAAGACUUAAAUGAUCAAGAAGUUGAAUGUUUUGUAGUUGUUGGCUUGUGGUGUGUUCACCCUGAUCCUAGUUUAAGGCCAUCCAUGAAACAAGCAUCGCGUGUUCUUCAUUUUGAAUCUCCAUUUCCCAUCCUUCCAAUAGAGAUGCCAGUUCCGACGUACCUUCCAUUAGAGAUGCUAGUUCCGACAUACCAUCCACAAGUAGAAUCUAACGCACCGAUAAUAACUUCUCACGAUUCUCUAAUAAGUUCUUCAAGCAUGCAAGAUGGACGUUGAAUGAACUAAUUAAAUUGUGUAUGU